GAAUUGGGGGAAAAGAAAUCUCGGCUGGAGUUUCUUCCAAGCCACCGUCGACAUUAGUCUCUCUCUCUCUCUCCUCCGUCUCAGAUUUCUUCUCCGUUCGGAAAAAUCUCUAAAUUUCACUUUGCAAAACCCUGAAAUUUCCGAUGUCGAUCUUCGAGUACAACGGAAGUGCCGUUGUGGCCAUGGUGGGGAGGAACUGCUUCGCCAUCGCCAGUGAUCGAAGGCUCGGUGUGCAGCUACAGACUAUCGCCACUGAUUUCCAGAGAAUCUCGAAGAUCCACGAUCGCGUCUUCAUCGGCCUCUCUGGUCUCGCCACCGAUGUCCAAACGCUGUACCAGCGCCUGGUGUUUCGUCAUAAGCUAUACCAGCUUCGGGAAGAGAGAGACAUGAAGCCUGAAACUUUCGCCAGUCUUGUCUCCGCCAUUCUUUAUGAGAAGAGAUUUGGUCCUUACCUAUGCCAACCUGUGAUUGCUGGCUUGGGAGAAGAUGACAAGCCUUUCAUUUGCACCAUGGACUCCAUUGGAGCCAAGGAGCUGGCUAAAGAUUUUGUUGUAUCUGGAACUGCUUCAGAAUCACUGUAUGGUGCCUGCGAAGCAAUGUUCAAGCCAGAUAUGGAAGCUGAGGAACUGUUCGAGACGAUUUCACAAGCACUUCUGUCGUCAGUUGACCGUGAUUGUCUGAGUGGUUGGGGAGGGCAUGUCUACGUUGUAACACCGACCGAGGUUAAAGAGAGGAUCCUAAAGGGAAGGAUGGAUUGAUCUGACUCACCAUCAUCAUCAUCUGCUUCUAUCCAAAGUUGUUUUUCGCUGUAAUCCGGUUUUAAGUAGAAUAUAACCUUCGCAUCCCGGUUUAAUCAUAGAAUCAUAAUUCCUUCUCUGAAAUGAUGGCUUCUGGAUCAAUGUUUGAUUUCCCCUCUUGGACGGAUAUUUUCAUUUCAAUUCGUAGGGUUAACGCCUGUAGUAUUGUACUCACUGGUUUUCUUUUUCUUUUUUAAAUGUUUUUCACGAAAAAAGAAAACAGAUAUCGUGGGAAAAAAAAAACAGGGAAAACUGAAAAUUCUCAGUAACUACUUGAUCAAAAGCAGUUACAG